AGGGGUGGACUGACCAUUUGGAAACUCGGGCACUGCCCAAGGGCCUGGGGUCAGCAAGGGGCCCCAUUAGAUGCCCCUGGUACCUUUCUCAUAGGCUUUUUUGAGUUUGGGCAAGGACAGAGGGGCCCCAUGAUCCCCUAUUGCCCGGGGCCCCCAGUCCACCCCUGGCUGCAACUGUCCUUCACAUGUGUAGAUGUGAUAAAUGACUUACUGAGUGGGAAGGGGCCCCAUGAGAUGCCCCUGGUACCUUUUUCAUAGGCUUUUUUGAGUUUGGGCAAGGACACAGGGGCCCCAUGAUCCCCUAUUGCCCGGGGGCCCCAU